UCCAGCUCUAGUUUGUUGUUGCAAAAAAGUGUGUGGGUCGCCGCCAGCGAUCGAAUAGUUUAAAAUUCCAAUCAGAUUGGUUAAUUGGGGAGUUGCAAUUGCUUGAUCGUUAUAUAAAACCUAUUUCUGCACGCAUAACUCGGAGGAUAAAGGUGGAAAAGUGGGAUUUUGGGAGCCGCUGGAAAUUCGCACAUACUGGAAAAUCAAUCACCCGCUAUCCCAUUGUUCUGCUUGUGUUUGUGUACGUCUGUGUGCCAUUGUGAGACGGUUGCACUUAAUUAAAAUUUAAGACAAGACAACCCAAGCAAAUUUGGAGUCUUCGCGAGGCGUUGGCUUUCACUUGACGCAGAGAGGGGACCUCGAUAAGGCGACCCAGUGAAAGCUGGCCAAGAUCUCGUUGCUCAAGGUCGUUGUCACUCUGGAAUUAUGGCCGUCAGCUUUGAGAAGAAUAGGGCGCAAAUAGUGGCCGCUUGGAAGGAUGUGCUGGACGACAAGAGCGAUACGAACUGGUCCCUCUUCGGCUACGAGGGCCAGACCAACGAGCUGAAGGUGGUGGGCACCGGCGAUGGCGGCGUGGAGGAGCUAAACGAGGACCUAAAUAGCGGCAAGAUUAUGUACGCCUUCGUCCGAAUCGAAGACCCCAAAACGGGCCUCAACAAGUACUUGCUCAUCAACUGGCAGGGCGAGGGCGCACCUGUACUACGCAAGGGCACCUGCGCCAACCACAUCCGCGAUGUGAGUAAUUUGCUUUCUGGCGCUCACCUUACCAUCAAUGCCCGGAACGAGGACGAUAUUGACUUGGAUCGGCUUCUCAAGAAGCUGAGCACCGUGAGCUCGGCAUACAGCUUUAAGGAACCGCGAGGCGCCAUGGAGGAGCAGAAGGCGCCGGUGGGCACCAACUAUACUCGGGUCAUACCCACCAAGGAACUAAACGCCAGCGUUAUGCAGGACUUCUGGAAAAAAGAGGAGGCUGAGGAAAAAUUGCGCCAGGAGGCAGAGAAGGAGUCCAAGCGAAUUGAGCUUCAGAAGUUGGAGCAGGAGCAACGUAGUCGCGAGGAGAAGGAGCACAAGGAGCGGGAGAAGCUGGUCAUAAGCACCACCAAGCUCCAGCCGGCCCACAUACCCAUCAAAACGUCCCCGCAACCUUUAAGCCCUGAGAAAACUGCACCAGGAUUUUCCAACAAUCUGACCGAUGCGGAGCGCAUGCGUCAGGCGAGGAACCAGGAGGCCCGCGAAUUGAUUGGCUCUCGUGUUGGAGCUGCCAAGGCCAUGUUUACAAAGCACACGAGCGAGGGACAACUUCAGUCCAAACUAAACACGCAACCACCGGCUAAACCAGCUCGCAACUCGAUUGCCCAGCGCAUCAACGUUUUCAACCAAAACCAGCCUCAAGAUGCACCUGUGCCUUCACCACCACGCGCUGUGUCCCCUGCCAAACCGUUGCCAGUAGAGGCUCCUGAACCAGUAGUCCCCGCUCCAGCUACAACUCCAGCUACAGCUCCUGCUGCUCCGGUUGCUGCCGAGGUAGUUUCCACAAUAGCGGAGGUUGAGGAGUCUCAACCGGUAGACGAUUUGCCACUAGCCCAUGAAAGCGAGCAAUUCUCGACCAUCAAGCGAUCGCCUCAUAGUAAAUCCAACUCGCUGCAGUCACAGUCACCCGAUGAGACCACCUCUUCCAAUGAAACGGACACCGCUGUUGACCAGUAUCAGGAAGAAGAGGUCCGCACCAAGGUGUCAGUCACCGUGCAGCAGUCGCAAUCAGCCAAGUCGAGCGGCAUGAGCACACUGGAAAGGAAUGCAUUGACGGAUUUGGUAAACGAGGACGAUUUUAUCUGUCAGGAGACUUUAGGCGAUCUGGGACAACGGGCACGAGCUCUUUACGAUUACCAGGCAGCCGACGAGACAGAGAUCACUUUUGAUCCAGGCGAUGUCAUUACGCAUAUCGAUCAAAUCGAUGAGGGAUGGUGGCAGGGACUGGGCCCUGAUGGAACCUAUGGACUGUUUCCGGCAAACUAUGUCGAGAUCAUCAACUAGGGAAACCCAAGUGCCAAGCAGCUGGGACGCCCUUUUGCUAAAUAUCUACACCAAUGCAGCUAGCAACUAUAUUUUGGAUCCGGACUAUAGCUACUUAAACACUUUACCCCUACUCUUGAACAAUAAUGCGAUACACCUAGAAGAGAUUCAACGAUGACUAAAUGCGACUAUAAGAUUUUUAUCGUACAUCACGCGUCUGUUUUUUAUCUACAUACAUAUUAUAUAACGUAUAAUCCAUGCCACAUAUGCAACCCCAUCAUACGUUGUUCCCAUCUGUAUACAUAUUAUAUCAUUGUUUGGCCUCGAUUGCCGAAGCCGUGUUGCGUCCUUUUAAAAUGUUCUUAGGAUACAUACAGAGUAACCACUUAGUCAGUAUUUAAGGCCCGCUCCAUUCCCGAUCCAGGGUUCUUUUGUAUAUGUAUUAUUGAUCGAGAUUUAUAACCUUUUCGAUAAUAAACUUU